UGAGUUGUUCAUCCGUCUGCCGAUGAUUUACAUAAGGAGUGUCACAAACAUGAUGUGAUAGUUGGGCAUACAUGGGCUGUGCCCUUCUUGGGCAACUGAGUUUGGCCACCUUCAUCCAAGCAAUAUCUGCCUCCUCUCCACUAGCCUCCAUCUCUUCCUCAGCCUAUAGAACUACAGCAUGCUCGUCGAGGUUUAGCUUUACUAACGCUUCUUUUUUUGUUCUUUUAAUACCACAAAUUUUACGUUUUCAUUUCUCUGGAGGCUUUAUAUCUUCUACAUUCCCUCCACAAAUCUGUAAUGGCAGACAUAUUGAAUUUCUUGUGUACUUUGUGUACUUUUUCAUUCUGUCUUCUACGUGAAAAUUUUUACUUAGUAGAAUUUAAACUUUCCAUAGGAAGGGAUAUAGUGUGCGCCGCUGAGAGUUUGAAAGGCACAAGGGCUAGGAAUGUGGUUUUGUAAAUCUGGUAUUUAAGACGUAUAUAGUAGUUGGACUUCUCUUGUCAAAGAAAACAUGAAACUGGCACAACCAAGUACAAAAUCAUCUAAUUAAGUGAUAUCUUUUACUCUGUUUUCAGGAGCAUUCACAUGACAACCUUUCUUACUCAAUUAAAACCAGAAACGGAACAUACCUCCUAAAACUGAAGAAAAAUAAACUUAAAAGAGCAGUAGUUUAUUUUUGUUUCCAGAAAGCUUGUUAGCGAAGACUUUGUGCUAUAUACAUAUGGGGAAAAUGGGAAACUGGAGGCAACACAAUCAAAAAACAAGACGCACUGUUAUUAUUAUGGCACUGUUGAAGGAAUUGCUGACUCGAUGCUUGCUCUUAGCACGUGCGAUGGCCUUAGUUUUGAGAUUCUGGAGAACAAGAUAACAGCUUCUGAAAGAUUCUGGGACAGCAAAUGGGCAUGUAGCAGCUGUUUCUGAGCCAUGGACAAAUGCAAAAUCUUUACAGUUAGCUGCACUCAGCAGUGCAAUACUGCCGUUGCCCUCGUAAACACCCAGAGGAAUUCUCUACAUUGGUGGCAAAUGGUAUGGAAUGGAGCCGCUCAACUCAUCCAGGACAUUUGAACACGUGUUUUACCAGUUAGAAGAUAUGCAGGGUAUCCCCUUCCGUUGUGGUGUGCUGAAUGGCAGCCUUCAUCACGAGAAGAUGUUUGUGAAGCAGUCUGUGAAAUAUGAGUUUUUAUCAAACAGUACCUCUAGCAGGGAAAAGCUUUUGAGGAAGAAGCGAGCUGUCCUGCCACAGAAAAGCUAUGUGGAAUUAUUUGUGGUUGUGGAUAACAACAGGUUUUUGAUGAAGGAAUCUGAUCCUGCUGCGGUGCAAAAGGAAACAGUUGAGCUGAUAAAUUACGUUGAUGGGAUGUAUAGAGCAUUAAACAUCCAGAUUGUUUUAGUUGGAUUAGAAAUCUGGACGGAUACAAACCGCAUAUCUGUAAUGGAUGGUUCAGCUGGAGAUGUACUGGGUAGAUUUGUUUCUUGGAGACAGAAAAAUCUUCUUAAACGAUCCCGCAAUGAUGUUAGCCAUCUCAUAAUAGGGAGAAGCUCUUAUGGUGGAUCCAUCGGAAUGGCUUUUGUAGGUACCGUCUGCUCACAAGUCCAGGGAGGAUCAAUCAGCACUUUGAAUCAUAACAAUGUGUUACGUCACGCUACAGUAGUUGCACACGAACUGGGGCAUAAUCUCGGAAUGAAACAUGACGAUAAAAGGUGUCCUGCAUCCUAUAUUAUGCACAGCACAGAUAAUGGAUCCAGGAAUUUCAGCACCUGCAGUGCUGAUGAUUUUGAGAACCUUAUUCUAAAUGGAGGUGGAAGCUGCCUUAGAAAUCCCCCCCAGACAAGUAACGUUUACAAGGAACCUGUCUGCGGUAAUAAUGUGGUCGAUAACAAUGAAGAAUGUGACUGUGGCAAACCGCAGGAAUGUACUAACCCUUGCUGUGAUGCUGCAACCUGCAAACUCACGCCUGGAUCGCAAUGCGCUCAAGGACUGUGCUGCAAAAAUUGCAAGUUUAAAGUGGCGGGAGCAGAGUGCAGACCGAAAAUGGAUUUCUGUGACCUACCCGAAUACUGCAAUGGAAGCAACGCCUACUGUCCAGACGACGUUUACAUCAUGAAUGGUUACCCUUGCGACAACAUGAAGGCAUAUUGCUACUAUGGAGUAUGCCAGAGUUUUGAUUCACAAUGCGAAUCUAUAUAUGGAAAAGGGGCACGAAAAGCACCUGAUGUGUGCUUUGAAAAAGCAAAUAUUAAAGGAGAUAGGUUUGGAAACUGUGGGAUGAGAGGCGGAGUGUACAAGAAAUGUCCUGUUCAGCACAGUCUGUGCGGCAAGCUCCAGUGCACAUCUGUUAGUCUCCAAAAUCUUCCUGCUUGGAGUGUUGUCCAUAAUGCAUCUGGGGUUUUAUGCUGGUCUUCUGACUUUGACUUAGGAUCAGAUGUCCCUGAUCCCGCUCAAGUUCAUGAUGGAACAGCCUGUGGAGAAAAGAAGGCCUGUGUCAAUUUUGAAUGUAUUGAUGCAAGUCAUCUGGGCUACAGCUGUGAUGUAAAGCAGAAGUGUAACGAUAACGGGGUGUGUAACAACAACGGGAACUGCCACUGCGAUUCUGGCUGGGCGCCACCAUUCUGUAACCAGUCGGGCUACGGCGGCAGCGUGGACAGUGGCCCAGCUCACAUAGAUACAUCACUUCGGGAUGGUCUGCUUAUUUUUUUCUUCCUUGUGUUGCCAAUAGUAAUCGUUACUGUAUUAGCAGUAAUUAAGCGUGAUGCAAUAAAAAGAAAAUUUUGCAGGAAAAGUAGAAGACAACACAGGGAUAACAAUGUGCAGCAACCAAAGCAAAAUAACACUGCGAGUCAUAACACAAGAAAUAAUCAGCCUGCCACGUCAAGUCCUGAUUUUUUUACCAUAUCGCAUUUCCCCAGUCCAAGGCCGCCAGUACAAACCCAGUCUCCUGCAGUUCCUUCAGGACCUCAACGGCCCGCAGUGCCCCCUAGACCAGCUGUCUGAAAAGCCUCCUGGGAACCCUCACCCAAUUCCCACAAGUAAUUGGUCUGAAAAAAAUUACAGAUUGCGAUCCUCCAGUCCUCUCCUUGUGCAGCCAAAAUGCCUUCUGAAAGGACAUACCUCCAGAAAAGACUUUAUGCUAAGAGGCACUGAACACAGAUUUUGUAACGUCCCAUUAUUCUGCUAAUUGCUGCUGGCUGUAUUUGUGCCUCUUCUACCUCACCUCUUGGUUUUUUUUUUUUUUAAAUCAGAAGCCUGAAGUUUAACUCUUGUUAGAUUAAACCUAUAACAACAUCAGAGAACAGGACUCUUCCGAAGUGCAGCCUUGCUCGCAGGCCAAAGAGAAGUGAAUUCAGUUAUUUACAGACAUAAUUUAUUCACCUCUAGCCACACAUGGCUCCGAAAAUGAGACCGCAGACCAACCUCUUGGGCAGUCUGCAGCCUACCUCCCGGACCAUCUCCUUGGUGGUGCACUGCCAGGGACCCUCCGGUGCCCGCUGAGAGCAGCCGUAGCCCACACGCCAGGCUCGCGGGCAGUCCCUGUGCCUCGCUCUGCGCCUUCUCUUCAGUGCAACACUGUCAAUGCUGGGACCUUGAUCCCACCUCUCAUUACCUACUGGCUGCAUUACCUUCCUGCUCAGGUAGUUUAUAAAAGUAACCUCAUACAGGGAAACUAGCAAUGGAAAUAAUCACAGAAUCACUGAAUGGUUUGGGUUGGAAGGGACCUUAAAGAUCACCCAGUUCCACCCCCCUGCCCCGGGCGGAGACACCUCCCACCAGACCAGGCUGCUCCAAGCCCCGUCCAGCCUGGCCUUGAACCCCUCCAGGGAUGGGGCAGCCACAGCUUCUCUGGGCAACCUGGGCCAGGGGCUCACCACCCUCACAGGAAAGAAUUUCUUCCUGAAUAUCCAAUCUAAAUCUCCCCUCUUCCACUUUGAAGCCACUACCCCUUGUCCUAUCACUACAUGCCCUUGUAAAAAUCCCCUCUCCAGCUUUCUUGUAGGCCCCCUUCAGAUACUGGAAGGCUGCUCUAAGGUCUGCCCAGAGCCUUCUCUUCUCCAGGCUGAACAACCCCAACUCUCUCAGCCUGUCCUCACAGCAGAGGGGCUCCAGCCCUCUCAUCAUCUUUGUGGCCCUCCUCUGGCUCCAACAGGUCUGUGUCCUGAUGUUGGUGCCCCCAGAGCUGGAGGCAGCACCGCAGGGGGGUGUCCCCAGAGCGGAGCAGAGGGGCAGAAUCCUCCCCUUGCCCUGCUGGCCACGCUGCCUUUGGUGCAGCCCAGGAUGUGGUUGGCCUUCUGGGCUGUGAGCACCGUUGUCGGCUCACGUUGAGCUUCUCAUCAACCAACACCCCCAAGUGCUUCUCCUCAGGACUGCCCUCAAUACACUCUCUGCCCAGCCUGGAUUUGUGCUUGGGAUUGCCCAGACCCAGGUGCAUGACUCUGCACUUGGCCGCUGCAGAGAAUGUAUCCGAGUAUGAAAGAAACAGGCCAUGUCUGUUGUUAUAGAAAAUGUGGUAUAUCACAACAUACAUUAUGUAACUUAAGUGGUUUAAUGUUUUGCUGGUUAUUCCACCUUGAGAUUUUUGCUGGAAACUGAUUCCACUACAAGAGCAACAGCUAACUUUUGUCAUUCUAAAGGUGACAGUUACAAAGCAGUACCGGUUUAAAAGAAAAUAUAUGAAGUUACGUAGUUUGUCAAAAUGGGAACAAAUGGAAAAGCAGCUGCUACGCAGAAAGAAACCCACUGGCAGGAGCAAAGCUGUGGAUCCUAAUCUGUCUGUAUGUGGGAGGAUGAAUCACACGCUGACUGUGUCCACACCUAAACUCUGGGAAUACAAACGAGCAAAAGGAGUGAAUAAAUUAUGGAAUCGCCUUGCCAAGAAAAUAUUUCUAAUCCCUUAAAUGGUCAUUUCACCAAAGAGCGGGACCAAAGAACCCAAA